AUGGCGUCCAAUCUCGAACAUACCAAGAAAACCUUCACGCUGAAUACCGGGGACAAGAUCCCUGCCAUCGGUCUGGGGACCUGGCAAAGCUCGAGAGGCCAAGUUCGUGAUGCCGUCAAAGUAGCAUUACAAAAAGGAUACCGUCACAUUGACACUGCACUUGCGUAUGGCAACGAAGAGGAGGUCGGGCAGGGGAUCAAGGACUCUGGCAUCCCGCGCGAGGAGAUCUGGGUCACCACCAAGCUGGACAACACAUGGCACCACCGUGUCGAGGAGGGAAUUUCGACGUCGCUGAAGAGCCUGGGGAUGGACUAUGUCGACCUCUACUUAGUGCACUGGCCCUCAUCCACCGACCCGGACGACACGAGCAAGCACCUCCCAGACUGGGACUUCAUCAAGACGUGGCAGGAGAUGCAGAAGCUGCCUGCAUCCGGCCGCGUCAAGAACAUCGGCGUGUCCAACUUUGCGAUCAAGAAUCUCGAGAAGCUGCUCAGCGACGAGUCGUGCAAGACCGUUCCGGCUGUGAACCAGGUCGAGCUCCACCCCAACUGCCCCUCCCCCAAGCUCCUCGACUACUGCAAGGAGAAAGGCAUCCACUGCACCGCUUACUCCUGCCUCGGCUCCACCGACUCGCCGCUCGCAAAGGACGAGACGCUCAAGAAGAUCGCAGAGGCGAAGGGGAAGACGACAGCGCAAGUGCUUCUCAUGUGGGGUAUCCAACGUGGCACCAGCGUAAUCCCGAAGAGCGUGACCGCAUCGAGGAUAGAGAGCAACUUCGAGCUCGACGGGUGGGAGCUGAGCCAGGAGGAGAUGGAUAAGUUGAACAAUUUGCCGGAUCGCUUCAAGGUCUGCGGAGAUGCGUGGUUGCCGGUCAAGGUUUUCUUCGGGGACGACGAUUAA